AUAGCCCACACCAACGAUAUGGACGAUCAGCGCAAGAUGAGCCAUCACGAGCACCAUGAUGGAGUGUUGUCUACGAUGGGACACAAAUUGCAUCAAAUCAAGGACAAGGUAACCCACGUCUUCUCAUCCGACGACGAGCACGACCCGCACUUUGAGCUCCCCGAGAACCAAAACCUCGACCUCGGACAACCAAUGAAUCACAAAGGACUCAUCAAGAAGAUGAUGGUACGCGAGAUGGAGCAGGUGGCGCAUAAAGCGUCGAUGUUCCGCCGCGCGAGCUGCCCAGAACCCCAACUCCUCGACACACAGAACUGGAGGUCCAUCACCUCCUCACAUAAACAGCAGAAGCCACCCGGCGCCACCAACCCACCCAUCCCGGCCAAUAAACAGCGGAAAUCGGUGACGGGCACCCCUUCUGCCAAAACG